GCACCAAGCAUUUAUAUUGCUGCUUACAUUUGCUGUUUACACAUUAUAUCAUGCGUCAAGAAAGCCACUGAGCGUUGUAAAAACUGUAUUUCACAAAACGUGUCCGCCGAUUCCUGACAAGAAUUCACAUUGGUGCCAAUGGAAACCCUUUGACGGAGAUAAUUGGAGCCAAUUGAUUGGCAGCUUGGAGUAUGUGUAUCUUGUUUGUUAUGCUUUCGCGAUGUUCCCUUGUGGACAUCUUGCUGAACGAUUGAACUUGCGCUUGUUUCUUUCGUUUGGUAUGGCUGCAAGCGGCCUCACAACCAUUUUAUUUGGACUUGGUUACUACUUUAACAUUCAUUAUUUGCCAUUCUUUAUAAACUUACCAAUUAAUCAGAUUCUUGGUGGUUUCGUCCAAGCAACUGGAUGGCCUGCUGUUGUUACAAUACUGAGCAAUUGGUUUGGCAAGGGCAGGCAAGUAGGAUUUUUUUACACUAUAUACAACUUUUUUUUUCUCAUCCGGAGAGGCCUUGUAAUGGGUGUUUGGAAUGCACACACCAACUUUGGUAAUAUGCUGGGUUCUAUAAUUGCCGGUGCCUUUGUGAAUUAUCAGUGGGGUGCAUCGUUUGUAGUUCCUGGCCUUCUUCUUGUUAUUGCUGCUUAUAUAGUCUUCCUAGUCCUUGUGGAACAUCCUGGUUCUGAACUCAAUCUUGUAUCGUCGUCAACCCGUACUUCUGAGGCGCACCAAAAAGUAGUACCUGGCUAUUACGGUGAUGUAAAGAACGUCAUGGCAUACUCAUUGGCCCUGUUCUUCUCGAAGUUGGUGGCUUACACUUUUCUCUACUGGCUCCCCAACUACCUGGCCAACGUUUCCAGUGUAGAAGUUUCUGCAGAAAAGGCCGCAUGGUUGUCGACAACUUUUGACAUCGGUGGAAUUUGUGGGGGCAUCCUAGCAGGUUUACUUAGUGAUAACGCUUCGUUCGUAAAUUUCGCCAGUCUGUUGGCAAACUUGGCAUUGCAGCUGCCGAGCAUAAUGCUAGCCUUUGGUCCCUACAUGGCCUCCAUUCAGUCGGAAUCUGGUGCGUCUCCCCAUGAGUCUUCCUCGAGAACUAUUUAUCUUCGUGCUGUGACUUGUGCUUCGAUGCUUUCCAUGGCGGCUCCAACUCUAUUCUUUUACCAGGCAAUUGCUGCAAGCAUGUCAUUCUUGUCGCUUGUUGUCCUUUUUGUGUGCGGUGGUUUGGUGACGGGACCCUGUGCGCUAAUCACAACAGCGGUGUCCGCUGACCUCGGAACCCAACCAAGUCUCCAGGGCAACUCGAAGGCCCUAGCCACCGUCACGGCAAUCAUCGACGGCACCGGCUCCCUUGGGGCAGCCUUGGGUCCUUUCCUUACGGGCAUUCUGGUGUACUACGGCUGGCACGCUGUCUUCAUGAUGCUCAUCACCGCUGACCUGAUAGCCCUUGCAAUAUCCCUAAUGAUCGCCUGCAGGAGUCGAAAUGGCGGUGUUUUCCGAUUGGGCAUUCUUAACCUUCGAUCAAUAUUUGCGCUGUGA